AGACAAAUCGACGUCUAUGAAACCAUAACCAUGUUACGGAUACUCAGCUUAACUGUCGUCUCCUUUGUGAUUCUGUGUACAACAUGUACAUUAGACGCUGCUACUCAGUUUCGGAAUUGUAAUUUGUACUUCUGGAAUGAGGUUCCGCCAGAAAUAGAAAAUGGUGACCGAUUCUGUGUCCAAAGUGGGAGACUUAAGUUUUGUCGGAACACAACCUGUCCGAACCUGUCUUGUGAUGAUCCACAAUCACCAUCAAUAUCAAGUCACUGUCCAUUUUGCCCAGGUCAAUGUGUCCAUGGUGGCAAUGUAUACUUUGUUGGGGAACGUUUCAAAUGCGUGGAUGGUGUCAACAUGUGUACCUGUUAUCCUGAUAACAUGCUAAGGUGUUCCAAAUUAGCAACCAACGAGCAGAAUCUGUGUUCAUAAUGCUUUUUGUCUUUUCAAAACUCUUAUAUAGUGCAGUGAAUCUUCGGCUUAUACCAAAUAUAUAUCGCUUUAUUUCAGUUGACAUCUUUAAUGUUGUUUUUUUUUUUAAAUCAGUAAAUAAUUUGAUCUUUAUGCUUGUAUUCAGUAGAAAUUCAACUACUCUAUAUUAUGGCUACCAAAUAAAUUUGAUACUGUACAACAUUUGAAAUUGUGAGUGGACUUUUUUAAAUAAAACGGAAA